CGUUGUCAUGGAAACUGAUUUAUUGAGUUUCGGCAAAGGCAGAACCCAUACGCAAGCAACACGCGCUGCAAUGACGGAACAGGUCACUUGUAGGUCCCCAGUAACUAUAUAACAGCAUGUGUGGAAUCGAUCAGAACGUAGGUAAAGGAAACAUUAGUAUCAGCGUCCAUUCCAUGAGCAUGCGUACAGGUGAGCGCGUGCUGACAGCCCACGCGGCGCACGGCAGGUGUUCGUUUGACAGUUAAAGUCGUCUGCUCGUUACUCAGUGCAGACGGCAAGUGGAACACAACAUCAUUGGAAGAUUUGUUGAACAGCUGGACUGACGGAAAAUAUGCAAGUGUCACAUCGAUGACGGUCGACUUAGCGAUGUAAUGGCGGCACGAGAGCGAAGUCGAGAGACUCCAUAUCAGGAUUUUACAAGGAUUAAAAACGCCGUGUUUAUCCGCCGAGCCGCAAGGGGACAUUUGGACCGAGAUGAUCUCUUCACCGACCCUUCCUUCCCACCGGAUUGGUCGUCCUUGACCUACGUGUAUAGCGGGGAUGACAAAUAUGAAAGAACCGUUUUCAAGAGACCCACGGAAAUAUGCGAACAACCUACAUUUAUCGGCGUUGGUGGUGUGAUUGACGAGCCGUUCCCAUGGAAACAGUGGCGACAACGAGGCUGGUUCCAGGCGGCGGUGAUUAUCAUUUCGCUCAACGUCAGGUUUCUGGACAGACUCAUCCCGGGCUAUAAAGUCUUCGAACAGAACUUCGAUUCUGAUUAUAUUGGUGCAUUCCGAUUUACCAUGUGGCGGUUUACGGAAUGGGUGGAGAUUAUUAUAGACGACCACCUGCCGAUGCUUGACCACGCCCACUUCUUCUGUAAGGUCAUCGGUGCCCCGUCCGAAUACUGGGGAGCUCUGGCGGAGAAGGCCUAUGCCAAGUGUAAGAAGACGUUCCAGGCCAUUGAGUAUGGCAACAUGCUGGACGCACUCACCGACCUGACCGGCUGCGUCUGUGAGUACUACACACCCGACGUGAACCCAGCCGACAACCUCUUCCACAUCAUGUACAAGUCCAGCAUCAAUAGGUCCAUGAUGGUGUGCUGGCGGAACGACAAGAGGCUCACUUCCACUGGCUUUGAUUUAGAGGAAAGUCAGAAAGCGGACAACGACUACGACGAACAUACGACGGAGGAACGGCAUUUCCUGCAUCUCAUCACAGCCACGACAAAGUUCCCCAGUACAGACGGACGUCUGAUCGAGAUGCUCCGACUCCGGUGCCCGUUUCCGAAGGAGCCCAAAUGGCAUGGAAAGUACUCCGAUAAUGACUUCAACUCCUGGAAUACCGUAACGGCAGAGUUCAAGGACAAGUAUCGACCAUUGUCCCGGAAGGAGGAAGAUGAAUACUGGUUAAGUAUGGACGACUUCCGGUGUAAUUUCGGAGGGCUUGUAAUAAUCAGCAGCACUGAAGCAUUCAAUUACGAAGGACUCACUGUCGAUAGAAACUAUUCUCUUGACAACGACUUUCCUUUAGGUAAAGAUCGGAAUAAGUUUUUGUUUGGCAAUCAAACCCGUCCUUUGCUCAACUUUGAAAGGACGUCCUCACCCUGUGAACAUGGAAUUAAGAUGUUUUGUGACUCCCGACCAAAUGCCGGCAAAAUGAAGCUUGUGAAAAAAUCUUCCUUUGUGAAUAACUGUAGCGUGGAUAUGGACAUAACAGGUGCCGACAGGACUGUUGUUCUUGACUGUACAAAGGAGCGGCUAAAAGCAGACGAUAAAAGAAAAAUGACAGAGAAACAUGCAAGACCAGUUCCUAAGGGGCCACCUCAAGUGAAAGAAAGAAAAGUGAGCCAGCCCCUGGAUCAGCAUGGAGUUACAUCGCCAACUGCCAGUAGCAGACGACAGUCCAAUCCCUGGAUGUGCAAGUCCCAAACCUCGGUCCCCGUAGAUGGAGACAAGAGGCAGAAGCGGGCAAGCAGUUUCUUGACUCAGAGUGAACCCUACAGCUCAUCUGAAAUCUCGCUCCACAUACGAACUACUCUCUCAGUGGAUGACAAUGGUCGGCCUCAGAGUGCCCCGUUGCCACGCAACCACUCAACUGGAUCGCUAAGUUCACUGACGCAGAUAAACUUUUUAGCAACAAAAGCCGACUUUUUCAGAGCUCAUGGAAGGUGGCGGAAUAUCUUGGAGUACAAGGACAAGUGGUCAAGAAACCGGAAAGGCCUAUCCAGGUCCAGCAUCGAAGCUCACUCCAAAAGUCCUCGGAUCCUGUUCCACGUGUCACGCGCAGAUGUAUCAGAUGACAUCAUAUCACCCAGCAUGCAAAGCAAACGUCACGUGCUCAUAUCAGUCCUCCAAGAUUAUCGUCAUGGUCCCUCCACUGCUAACAGUCUCCUAGUACCAGUUGGCUUUUGUAUUUACAAGACCAAGAAUCCCGAUCGAGAUGAAAAACGACACAUUUCAAAACUUCAGCUAAUAGGAGAGGUUGAAGGAAAACCGGAAAUGCGGGAAGUGAAUGCACGCUUUGACCUCGAACCCGGAAGUUAUUUCAUCGUUCCCUAUUACGUUACACAGGUGCACGAGGGAGAAUACCUGAUCCGUAUAUUGACAGAGGGAGACCCCCCAAGCGGCAAAGCGGCGUGUAUAAUAUCGUGAAGACAAGAUGAGUUGAUAUCCGCGUGCUUUAAGUACAGAUAUCUGCAACAACUUCGAAGACGUCGUUCAGGAUGAGCGUUGUUGCAACUGCACCAAUCGCAUGAAGUUAUGUAUAUACGAUAACACAACAGAGAGCAACUGAUGCUGGCAAUGGAGUUGAGAUAUGUUUCUGAAUGACAACAGUAUGGUAUUCAUGACCACGACUGGCAGAAUCCAACAGAAAACAUGACACUGUGACACGCCAUUGUAAGCAACUCAUUCCAGCAGCACAAAUAUUGAAGCGCACAUAAAAUAUGGCAGUGCCUUACACUUGGGUGGGCUCAGUGAAGCAUCAGGUAAUUCAUGCCAUGUGUUUGUAAGAUGGGACGUUACAGUCAGAUCACAGCUACAUUUGAUCGUAAGAUUGGACACUUACAGUGAGAUCAAUCUUAUCUGCGUACAACCACAAUGAGAUCGUCCGUUGCCCGUGUUUGGAAGGCCUGUGUUUACCAGUCACCCGUACUUCUCCCCAAAGGCGACCGACAAAUACCGCCAAAGACUUUGCAGAGAAAGAAACAGAGACUUUAUAUCAUUUACAUACCUUUUAAUAUAACCCGAAUACACAGAAUCAACGUUUUAUGUCAUAAUUUACAAUUCAUUGAAUCACAAUUACAUUGACACAUUAUGUAACAAGUUUGCUGUUUUAUUACCGCAUUCGCCUAUGUGUUUGUUUCCGUCCGCACUACCAGGAAUGAUGCCCACAGAGACACUCCAACACAGUGCGCUUCACCGUGCUUUAUAAUAUAUACCACUUGUACCCGCAGGUCCGACCUAGCGCACAUAGUGCCAUCUGUCAUUGAUAUGUUAAUGUAAUAAACUGUUAACACAACAUGA